CCGGAGGUGCCCGCGGAGCGAGGCCGCCGCCGCCGCGCAGCUGAGGGGGAGCGGGCGUGGAGCGGAGCGCGGCCGGGGCGGCCCGGCCCCAGCCCCCGCAGGAUUUUUGUUGCCAAGAUACUACAGCGAGGAAGAUGAGAAGGUUCUUAAGAGCCGGACAUGAUCCAGUGCGAGAGAGGCUCAAACGCGACCUUUUCCAGUUUAACAAGACYGUGGAGCAUGGAUUUCCCCACCAGCCCAGUGCCCUGGGCUACAGCCCCUUUCUCCGGCUCAUGGCCAUCGGGACACGAUCAGGAGCCAUCAAACUAUAUGGUGCUCCUGGGGUGGAGUUCAUGGGUUUACAUGAAGAAAACAACACUGUAAUGCAGAUUCACUUUAUACCUGAUCAGUGCCAGCUGGURACACUGCUGGAUGAUAACAGCCUGCACCUCUGGAGCCUGAAGCAGCACGGGGGAGCAUCUGAGCUGCGGGAGGAGCAUCGUUUCACCCUCAAAGGGCCACCUGGGUCUCCACCGAGUGCCACCCAAGUGACAGCUGUCCUUCCCCACUCCUCCCGGGAGGUGCUGUACCUGGGCACUGAGAGUGGCAGCAUCUUCGUGCUGGAGCUGCCAUCRUUCCGAGUGCUGGAGGACAGGACCAUCAGCCCCGAGGCCGUGCUGCAGCGGAUACCAGAAGAUAACUGCAACAGGCGAUCCUGUGAGCUGGUGGAAGCCCUUCGGGAGCAUCCUAAGAACCCUGACCAGAUCCUAAUUGGAUACAGCAGAGGCUUGAUUGUCCUCUGGGACCUGCAGAAUAACAAAGCAACACACCAUUUCCUGGGCAGCCAGCAACUGGAGAACCUCUACUGGCAGAGGGAUGGCAGUAAAUUCAUUAGUUGUCACUACGAUGGAAGUUACACCCAGUGGCCAGUAUCCAGUGACAACAGGCAGCCAGAGCCUCUGGAAAACACUGUGCCUUAUGGUCCUUUUCCUUGCAAGGCCAUCUCCAAGAUCUACUGGCAGACAACAAAAAAUGGGCUUCCUUACAUAAUAUUCCAAGGAGGAAUGCCCCGGGCUAGCUAUGGGGACCGGCACAGUAUCUCUGUCAUCCAUGGCAGCCAGCAAACAGCCUUUGACUUCACCUCACGAGUCAUAGACUUCUUCAUAAUCUUCAGUUCAGAUCCUGCUGCAGAGUUUGAUGACCCCUCUGCCCUGGUGGUGCUGGCAGAGGAAGAGCUGGUGGUCAUAGACCUGAAAAGCGCCGGCUGGCCAGCAGUGCACCCUCCCUACCUGGCCUCCCUGCACUGCUCAGCCAUCACCUGCUCCCACCACGUCUCCAACAUCCCUCUGAAGCUCUGGGAGAGGAUUAUCAGCGCUGGCAGCAAGCAGAACAUCCACUACUCCAGCAUGCCGUGGCCGAUUGAUGGUGGCACCAACAUCGCCCCAGAUCCUCCUCAGAGGGACUUGCUGCUGACAGGGCAUGAGGAUGGCACAGUGAGGUUUUGGGAUGCCUCUGGUGUCUGCCUGCACCUCCUUUAUAAGCUGAGCACAGUGAGAGUGUUCCUCACGGAUGCUGAUCCCAAYGACAACAUGAACACCCUGGGGGAGGAUGAGUGGCCUCCACUCCGCAAGGUUGGCACCUUCGAUCCUUACAGUGAUGAUCCAAGGCUUGGCAUCCAGAAGAUCUACCUGUGYAAAUACAGUGGGUACCUGGCUGUGGCUGGUACAGCAGGACAGGUGCUGGUGAUGGAACUGAACGAUGAGGAUGCAGAGCACGUGGUGGACCACGCUGAAGCAGAUCUGCUGCAGGACCAAGAGGGCUAUCGAUGGAAAGGCCACGAGAAGCUGAAAACUCGAGAUGGCCCUGUUCGAUUUGAAGCUGGUUUUCAGCCAUUUGUCCUYGUCCAGUGUCAGCCACCAGCUGUGGUCACCUCGUUGGCCCUGCACUCGGAGUGGAAGCUUGUGGCCUUUGGUACCAGYCAUGGUUUUGGGCUUUUUGACCAUCAGCAGAAGCGGUUGGUCUUUGUCAAGUGCACACUGCAUCCCAGUGACCAGCUGGCCUUAGAAGGUCCCCUGUCUCGGGUGAAGUCCUUGAAGAAGUCCCUCCGUCAGUCGUUCCGGCGGAUCAGGAGAAGCCGCGUGUCCAGUAGGAAGCGGCGAGGAGUUAGUGGGAACACCUCAGAGGUGCAGGAAGCCAAUGCCAAGUUUGACCAGGACGCAUUGCAGGAGAUGGAGCUGGCUCCAGUCCAGCGCAAGAUCGAAGCGCGCUCGGCGGAGGAYUCCUUCACCGGCUUUGUGCGAACCUUGUACUUUGCUGAUACCUUCCUGAGAGACAGCUCCCGGCACUGCCCGUCCCUGUGGGCUGGCACCAAUGGAGGGACAGUCUAYGCCUUCUGUUUACGUGUUCCUCCAGCAGAGAGGAGGAUGGAUGAGCCUGUCAGGGCAGAGCAGGCCAAAGAGAUUCAGCUGAUGCACAGGGCUCCUGUUGUGGGGAUACUUGUGUUGGAUGGACGCAGCACUCCCCUCCCAGAACCUCUAGAAGUAGCACAUGACCUUUCCAAGAGUCCUGAUAUGCAAGGCAGCCACCAGCUGCUGGUGGUAUCUGAAGAGCAAUUUAAGGUCUUCACCCUGCCCAAGGUCAGCUCCAAACUGAAGCUGAAGCUGACGGCCCUGGAGGGCUGCAGGGUACGGAAGGUGACCGUGGCCAACUUUGGCAGCUGCAAGACCGACGAUUACAGCGAGAACGACCUGGCUGUGCUCACCAACCUGGGGGACAUCCAGAUCAUCUCCCUGCCCUUCCUCAAGUUACAGAUCCGCUACCCCUGCAUCCGCAAGGAGGAUGUGAGUGGCAUUGCAUCCUGUGUCUUCACCAAAUAUGGCCAAGGUUUCUAUCUGAUCUCCCCAUCGGAGUUUGAGAGAUUUUCCCUUUCCACCAAAUGGUUGGUGGAGCCCCGGUGCAUCGUGGAAAUGCCAGAAGUGACGAGCAACAAUCACGUGCACAACAAGUCUGGCACKGAGAAUGCUGCAAGGAAAUCCAGGGGACCAGGAAAGAGUCCAGGUGACUGUGGAGAAGAUGAAAGGAAGUCUGGGAGGCUGAUGGAACAUGCCUUACUCAAUGACGAAAAAGUGCUGAAGGAGAUCCAGAGUACUCUGGAGGGGGGCAGAGGCAGGAGAGAUCACAUUCCCACAGCCCCAAGGAGCAGGACUCUGAGUGUUCGCAUACAGGAGCUAUGCAGAAAGAAAUUCGGCAAGAAGUCCCGUAGGACAUGGACUAAGUAAUGGAGGAGCAGAUUGACCAGAGCUCGUGGAGGACUUGCUGGCAUYGGAUCGAGUGCCAUAACACUACUGAGUGGGCAAACCGUCCCUGGGAGGAGGCACCACACCAGUGCUCCCACAGCCAGAGCAGGGAGCUGCAGCUCGGCUGCUGCCCCUCCAGUGCCUCUUGGAGAGCUCUCCUGCUGGAGCCCGCCUUGCUUUAGGACAGCACCGGAUCGCCAGGUCCCAUGCACCACAAGCCUCUGAGUACAUCUUUAACAUUCAAAAUGUUUGCACAUUUCUCUUUUCUACUGGGCUGGGUUUUAAAUUAUAAAUGUUUUACUGCCUCGGUGCAGGAUUUUAAUAAAAACGCACACUGUUACCUCCAA